GCCGAGGCGCACAGCAGCGCGCAACUCACCGAGAGUAGGACUGCAGCUCACCGAGAGGAGGACUGCAGCUCACCGCUCCGGAGAAACAUAACAGCAGCAGCAGUAGUUUGGCCACUGCUGUAGUUUUGGCACCGAGCUGCUCAAUUCGAGCGGAGGUGCUUUUUCCGCAAACAUGGAUCGUUUUCUCCUGGUCAUGGUCGCUGUCGCCUCCAUCGUCUCAGGAAAUCAAGCGCUUCCACUUGAAAGAGAGGCACCCAAUGAAGACAUGGUAAAGAGAUGUUUGGUCCAAGUCCUGUCCAUAGCUCUCUCAAAGACCGUCUCUCAUCCUAUCGACCCGGAUUGCAAAUAUAUUCUCCAAACAGUUCCAGGGGUUCGACAAGAACCAACAAACAGCCACACGGGGGAAGGAGCUGUACCCCAAGACGAGCUGUCCCCAGCAGCACAACCAGAGGCCCCUGAAACCAAACAAGAAAACGUGAAAGACAUCGAGGCAUUCUUAAAGUCUGUGGAGGAAAAAAGAGAGACCCCGGGGAACCAGCCUCGCCAGGAAAUGCGGGAUCUCUUCGACAUGUUGGCUAAAGGACACAAGGAAGGAGAGACAGAUGAGGGGGAGGACGAAGAGGAAAGAGACAAGCGAUGGAAACCAACACACCGCUAUCACCACAAGAGGAGGUACCGCAAGCGUGGGGAGGAAACCCCUGAAGAAGAGGAAGACUAUGAACGCAGUCAAGAGUCCUGGGAUUUAGGCAAUGGAAUUGAGAAGAGGAAAUGGAAACCCGGGAGGUAUCACCAAAGAAGAGGGAAACGUGAUGAGGAACUUUCCGAGGAUGCGAGAGAAAUUCCCGAUGAGGAUAGAAGCCAAGAGUCCUGGGAUUUAGACAACGUAAGGGAGAAAAGGAAAUGGAGACCUGGCAGAUUCCACCAAAGACGGCAAAAACGUGAUGAGGAACUUUCUGAGGAUGCAAGAGAAAUUCCUGAUGAAGACCGCAGCCAAGAGUCGUGGGAUUUAGGCGAUGGAAUUGAGAAGAGGAAAUGGAAACCCGGGAGGUAUCACCAAAGAAGAGGGAAACGUGAUGAGGAACUUUCUGAGGACGCAAAAGAGAUUCCUGAUGAGGAUAGGAGCCAAGAGUCCUGGGAUUUAGACAACGUAAGGGAGAAAAGGAAAUGGAGACCUCAUGGUAGGUACUACUUAAGAAAUCGCAAACGUGAUGAGGAUCUUUCUGAGGACGUAAAGGACGAGCAAGAUGAAGACCGCAGUCAAGAGUCCUGGGAUUUAGGCGAUGGAAUUGAGAAGAGGAAGUGGAAACCCGGGAGGUAUCACCAAAGAAGAGGGAAACGUGAUGAGGAACUUUCUGAGGACGCAAAAGAGAACGCUGAUGAGGAUCGCAGCCAAGAGUCCUGGGAUUUAGAUAACGUAAGAGAGAAAAGGAAAUGGAGACCUCAUGGUAGAUACUACUUAAGAAAUCGCAAACGUGAUGAGGAACUUUCUGAGGAAACAAAAGAGAUUCCUGAUGAGGACAGAAGCCAAGAGUCCUGGGAUUUAGGCGAUGGAAUUGAGAAGAGGAAAUGGAGACCUGGCAGAUUCCACCAAAGACGACAAAAACGGGAUGAGGAACUUACCGAGGAUGCAAGAGAAAUUCCCGAUGAAGAUCGCAGCCAAGAGUCCUGGGAUUUAGACAACGGAAUUGAGAAAAGGAAAUGGAAAAACGGGAGGUUUCACCAAAGAAGAGGGAAACGUGAUGAGGAACUUUCCGAGGAUGCGAGAGAAAUUCCCGAUGAAGAUCGCAGCCAAGAGUCCUGGGAUUUAGACAACGGAAUUGAGAAGAGGAAAUGGAAAAACGGGAGGUUUCACCAAAGAAGAGGGAAACGUGAUGAGGAACUUUCCGAGGAUGCGAGAGAAAUUCCCGAUGAAGAUCACAGCCAAGAGUCCUGGGAUUUAGACAACGGAAUUGAGAAGAGGAAAUGGAAAAACGGGAGGUUUCACCAAAGAAGAGGGAAACGUGAUGAGGAACUUUCCGAGGAUGCGAGAGAAAUUCCCGAUGAAGAUCGCAGCCAAGAGUCCUGGGAUUUAGACAACGGAAUUGAGAAGAGGAAAUGGAAAAACGGGAGGUUUCACCAAAGAAGAGGGAAACGUGAUGAGGAACUUUCCGAGGAUGCGAGAGAAAUUCCCGAUGAAGAUCGCAGCCAAGAGUCCUGGGAUUUAGACAACGGAAUUGAGAAGAGGAAAUGGAAAAACGGGAGGUUUCACCAAAGAAGAGGGAAACGUGAUGAGGAACUUUCCGAGGAUGCGAGAGAAAUUCCCGAUGAAGAUCGCAGCCAAGAGUCCUGGGAUUUAGACAACGGAAUUGAGAAGAGGAAAUGGAAAAACGGGAGGUUUCACCAAAGAAGAGGGAAACGUGAUGAGGAACUUUCCGAGGAUGCGAGAGAAAUUCCCGAUGAAGAUCGCAGCCAAGAGUCCUGGGAUUUAGACAACGGAAUUGAGAAGAGGAAAUGGAAAAACGGGAGGUUUCACCAAAGAAGAGGGAAACGUGAUGAGGAACUUUCCGAGGAUGCGAGGGAAAUUCCCGAUGAAGAUCGCAGCCAAGAGUCCUGGGAUUUAGACAACGGAAUUGAGAAGAGGAAAUGGAAAAACGGGAGGUUUCACCAAAGAAGAGGGAAACGUGAUGAGGAACUUUCCGAGGAUGCGGGAGAAAUUCCCGAUGAAGAUCGCAGCCAAGAGUCCUGGGAUUUAGACAACGGAAUUGAGAAGAGGAAAUGGAAAAACGGGAGGUUUCACCAAAGAAGAGGGAAACGCGAUGAGGAACUUUCCGAGGAUGCAAGAGAAAUUCCCGAUGAGGAUAGAAGCCAAGAGUCCUGGGAUUUAGACAACGGAAUUGAGAAGAGGAAAUGGAAAAACGGGAGGUUUCACCAAAGAAGAGGAAAACGUGAUGAGGAACUUUCCGAGGAUGCGAGAGAAAUUCCCGAUGAAGAUCGCAGCCAAGAGUCCUGGGAUUUUGAGGACAGAGACAAGAGGAGCUGGAGACCCAUUAGGAUCCACCCAAGACAACAAAAACGUGACGAGGAACUUUCAGAGGACAUAAGGGAUCAACAAGAUGAAGACCGCAGCCUAGGACCGCAGUCCUGGGAUUUAGACAAUGUAAGAGAGAAAAGGAAAUCGAGACCUCAUGGUAGAUACUACUUAAGAAAUCGCAAACGUGAUGAGGAACUUUCUGAGGACGCAAUGGAAAUUCCCGAUGAAGAACGCAGUCAGGAGUCCUGGGAUUUAGGCGAUGGAAUUGAGAAGAGGAAAUGGAAACCCGGGAGGUAUCACCAAAGAAGAGGGAAACGUGAUGAGGAACUUUCCGAGGAUGCGAGAGAAAUUCCCGAUGAGGAUAGAAGCCAAGAGUCCUGGGAUUUAGACAACGUAAGGGAGAAAAGGAAAUGGAGACCUGGCAGAUUCCACCAAAGACGGCACAAACGUGAUGAGGAACUUUCUGAGGAUGCAAGAGAAAUUCCUGAUGAAGACCGCAGUCAAGAGUCGUGGGAUUUAGGCGAUGGAAUUGAGAAGAGGAAAUGGAAACCCGGGAGGUAUCACCAAAGAAGAGGGAAACGUGAUGAGGAACUUUCUGAGGACGCAAAAGAGAUUGCUGAUGAAGAUCGAAGCCAAGAGUCUUGGGAUAUUAAUAAAAGACAUGAAACAGAUGAGGAAGCAAGAGAAAAGCGUAUAUGGAAACCAUCGCAUCGAUACCACCAUAAAAGACGACUGCAGAAACGUGGUGGGGACUUAGUUGAAGAGGAGGAUGAACAGAGGAGUGAAUCAGAGAACAACGGAGAGGAGAAGAAGCCUGAGGAAGAGGAUUCAGCUCGUGAGAGAGAUCGGGUUGAAGCUCUGAGGUAUCUGACGGAGAAGACAAACCCUGGGAUUUACAGAGGCUACAACAAUCCAUCCUGGUCGGACAACUCAAGUUCAACCUCACACAACAUGGAGGACAUGGUGAAGGUGCUGAGCCAGAAGAUGAAGCAGGUGGCCGACCAAUCAGUUGAUAAAGACAGAAGUAGCACGCAUCAGGAACCACCAAUGCCCCAGGAGGAAAUGGGGAAUGACAAUUUGGCAGCGUUGACAGAACUGAAGAUGAUGGCUGCCAAGCUGCAUGGAAAUACACAGUGAGCCAGGCCUGGCAGUGAACAUCAGUGAAUCCUAUGGCUACCCUAUUUCUGUGCUUAAGGCGUUAUAUAGGAAUAAAUUAUCAAUAUUAGCCGUGCCAAAAAAGAUUUGAACAGUUUGCCCAUCAUUGUAUUCGUAUAGUCGAUGAUAUAACCAACCUAUUUAGCAUGGGAAUGACUUCGAUAUCUUUGUAGAUUAAACAAUGUUCAUAAUGUUUUGUUGUGUGUGCAAUAAAAUUCAUCUGGGACCAAAUUAA